AUGCAAAACGAGGAACUAGAGCCACUGAGCGCAGUCCUGAUCAACAACAACGCCAAGCGACUCGUCCAAAACCCAACGACGACCUACCUUCUCGUAGGAAUUCUAAGCUUUGUUGGCAUAGUCCAUAUCUUCAUGCUCUUCUCGUCGGCUUUACGACGAUUCACGAGGUGGCGAAAGGGAUUGCUCGAUAUGGAUGUUCAAGGGCUGGCACCUGAUGGGUUUAGCAGCAUUGCAAUGGUGGCCGCUCUUCUGAAUUCCUCGAACUUUGCGAAGCAUGUCCCUGAAGAUUCGUUCAAGUUGUCAAACAGGCUUUCAUCUAUACGCUUUCGUAUGGGAUGGUUUCGAAGGGAGUCGGAUCGGACGGUGCACUUUACUGUUGGGGUUAUGGUUAUGGACGAUGAUGACUUCGAAUUCGUGGGCAGUAAGGAGACCGUGGGUGAUGAAAACUUGGGUCACGAAGAAAUGAACAGGCGAGACGAGGACGACCCAGACGAGGACAGCCAAGAUAUGGAUAGCGAGGACGCUUUGGAAGGCGAAGAAAGAUCAGAGUUUGAGGGUAUAGGCAUGCCUGUUUUCACAGCAUAG